UCAGUACCAAAUGAGGAGGAAAGGACGAUGUCAUCGCGGCGCUGCAGCGAGACACCCUUCCUCCCCGUGCAGUACUAAGCUCCCCACGCGAGAGACCCUGACCUACGCGCAGGCCCAGAGGAUGGUUGAGAUAGAGAUCGAGGGGCGCCUCCAUCGGAUCAAUUUUGAUCCCCUGGAGAUCAUCCUGGAAGAUGACCUCACGGCUCAAGAGAUGAGCGAAUGCAACAGCAACAAAGAAAAUAGCGAGAGGCCACCGGUGUGCUUAAGAACUAAGCGCCACAAAAACAACCGAGUCAAAAAGAAAAACGAAGCCCUCCCCAGUGCCCACGGCACGCUGGCCUCGGCCAGCGCGCUUCCUGAGCCCAAGGUGCGGAUCGUGGAGUACAGCCCGCCGUCCGCCCCCCGGAGGCCCCCGGUGUACUACAAGUUCAUCGAGAAGUCGGCCGAGGAGCUGGACAACGAGGUGGAGUACGACAUGGACGAGGAGGAUUACGCCUGGCUGGAGAUCGUCAACGAGAAGCGCAAGGGCGACUGCGUGUCGGCCGUGUCGCAGAGCGUGUUCGAGUUCUUGAUGGACCGCUUCGAGAAGGAGUCCUACUGCGAGAACCAGAAGCAGGGGGAGCAGCAGUCCCUGAUCGACGAAGACGCCGUGUGCUGCAUCUGCAUGGACGGCGAGUGCCAGAACAGCAACGUGAUCCUCUUCUGCGACAUGUGCAACCUGGCCGUGCACCAGGAGUGCUACGGGGUGCCCUACAUCCCCGAGGGCCAGUGGCUCUGCCGACACUGCCUGCAGUCCCGGGCCCGGCCCGCCGACUGCGUGCUCUGCCCGAACAAGGGAGGUGCCUAAAAGACGGACGACGACCGCUGGGGCCACGUGGUGUGCGCCCUGUGGAUCCCGGAGGUCGGCUUCGCCAACACGGUGUUCAUCGAGCCCAUCGACGGCGUGAGGAACAUCCCCCCGGCCCGGUGGAAACUGACGUGCUACCUCUGCAAGCAGAAGGGCGUGGGCGCCUGCAUCCAGUGCCACAAGGCAAACUGCUACACGGCGUUCCACGUGACGUGCGCCCAGAGGGCCGGCCUCUACAUGAAGAUGGAGCCCGUGAAGGAACUCGCGGGCGGCGCCGCGACCUUCUCUGUCAGGAAGACCGCUUACUGUGACGCCCACACGCCCCCGGGCUGUACGCGGCGGCCUCUGAACAUUUACGGGGAGGUGGAAAUGAAAAACGGUGUCUGUCGAAAAGAGAGCUCCGUCAAGACGGUCAGGUCCACGUCCAAGGUCAGGAAGAAAGCAAAAAAGGCGAAGAAGACGCUGAGUGAGCCCUGUGCGGUCCUGCCGCCGGUGUGCGCCCCGUAUAUCCCCCCUCAGAGAGUAAGUGCAUUAAAUAGGAUUGCGAAUCAGGUGGCCAUUCAGCGGAAGAAGCAGUUUGUGGAGAGAGCCCACAGCUACUGGCUGCUCAAAAGGCUGUCGAGGAACGGCGCCCCCCUGCUGCGGCGACUCCAGUCCAGCCUGCAGUCCCAGAGGAGCACGCAGCAGAGAGAAAAUGACGAGGAGAUUCAAGCUGCCAAAGAGAAGCUGAAGUACUGGCAGCGGCUGCGGCACGACCUGGAGCGCGCGCGGCUGCUCAUCGAGCUCCUGCGCAAGCGGGAGAAGCUCAAGCGGGAGCAGGUGAAGGUGGAGCAGAUGGCCCUGGAGCUGCGGCUGACGCCGCUCACGGUGCUGCUGCGCUCCGUGCUGGACCAGCUGCAGGAGAAGGACCCGGCUCGGAUAUUCGCCCAGCCGGUGAGCCUGAAGGAGGUACCAGAUUAUUUGGAUCACAUUAAACAUCCCAUGGACUUUGCCACAAUGAGGAAACGGUUAGAAGCUCAAGGGUAUAGACACCUCACUGAGUUUGAGGAGGAUUUUAAUCUCAUUGUAGAUAACUGCAUGAAGUACAAUGCCAAGGACACGGUGUUUUAUAGAGCCGCCGUGAGGCUGCGCGAUCAGGGCGGUGUUGUUCUGAGGCAGGCCAGGCGCCAGGCCGACAGCAUCGGCUUCGAGGAGGCCUCGGGGAUGCACCUGCCUGAGCGGCCUGCUGCGGCCCCUCGGCGGCCUUUCUCCUGGGAAGACGUGGACAGGUUGCUGAACCCAGCCAACAGGGCCCACAUGGUCCUAGAGGAGCAGCUAAGGGAGCUGCUGGACAAGCUGGACCUCACGUGCGCCAUGAAGUCCAGCGGGUCUCGGAGCAAGCGGGCCAAGCUCCUGAAAAAGGAGAUCGCGGUCCUUCGGAACAAGCUGAGCCAGCAGCACAGCCAGCCCCCGCCCGCGGAAUCAGGUAUUGGAAGCUUUGAAGAGGAAAGUGCUCAGCUGGGGCAGGAGACGGGGGAGGAAGUCCUUCCGAGGUUGGAGACUCUUCUGCAGCCAAGAAAAAGGUCGCGGAGCACCUGCGGCGACUCCGAGGUGGAGGAGGGGUCCCCGGGAAAGCGCCUGGACACAGGUCUCACCAAUGGCUUUGGGGGCGCACAGAGUGAGCAGGAGCUGGGGGGCGCCCCGGGGAGGAGAGCUGCGCCCCGACGACGCUGCGCCUCGGAGUCCAGCAUCUCGUCCAGCAGCAGCCCUCUCUGUGACUCCAGCUUUAGCGCACCCAAGUGCGGCCGGGGCAAGCCCGCUCUGGUGCGCAGACACACGCUGGAGGACCGCAGCGAGCUGAUCUCCUGCAUCGAGAAUGGGAACUACGCCAAGGCGGCCAGGAUCGCCGCAGAGGUCGGUCAGAAGAGCAUGUGGAUUUCCUCCGAUGCCGCGGCCUCUGUUCUCGAGCCUCUGAAAGUCGUGUGGGCCAAGUGCAGCGGCUACCCCUCGUAUCCGGCCCUGAUCAUCGACCCCAAGAUGCCGCGCGUGCCUGGCCACCACAACGGGGUUACCAUCCCGGCCCCACCGCUGGACGUGCUGAAGGUCGGCGAGCACAUGCAGACCAAGGCUGACGAGAGGCUGUUCCUCGUUCUCUUUUUUGACAACAAGAGAAGCUGGCAAUGGCUCCCCAAGUCCAAAAUGGUCCCCCUCGGCAUGGACGAGACCAUAGACAAACUGAAAAUGAUGGAGGGGAGAAACUCCAGCAUCAGGAAGGCCGUGAGGGUCGCCUUCGACCGCGCGAUGAGCCACCUGAGCCGUGUGCACGGGGAGCCCACCAGCGACCUCAGCGACAUCGACUGACCUGCCCGCCUUCCCGUGGCCUUGUCCAUAGUGUGGAUAAGCUGUAUAUGCGUGUAUAUUGUUCCAGACUUAACUUAUUCUGAUCUCUAGGCCUGGUUCUUUAAUUCUCCCUCCCCGGGGAGGGCAGGUUUUAUUUCCAAGUUCUCUGUGAAACCGUCCCCGUCUGGGCGCUCUGUGAAUGGCGCGGGCGCGUCUGCUGAGCUCCUCCUGUGCCCGGCACGGGUCACGCCGGAGGCUGCACCUGCGUCACUUUCUUUGAUCUGUAGCUUUUUUUUAAAGACUUUUGAAUGUUUAAUAAUUUUGUAAAUCAUACUCUUUACACGGAGUACCACUAUUUAAUAAGACGGGAUGUAAAUUUACAAUGACAAAUGUGUAUUUUAAGAAAGAAAAUGACAUUAUUUUGAAUGGUACUUUGUGGAAAGAGGUGGAGAAUAGAUUUAUGCUGUGUACAUCACUUGCAAAUCACCAAAAACACUCCGCCCCCCCUGUGGGGGCUGGGGCAGGCGCUUACCCCCCCGCCCCUCCCCCGUGUCGCCGUCCUCACCGUCCUCGUCCGCCUCCUCCGCCCGUCUGCCCCAGCUUUCCACGGGUGUGCCUCCAGCGGGUUAUUUAUUGUAGAAAGUGUAUUCAUUUGCUUUAUAAUGAAAAAUAAAUUUGCAAAAGUAUAUUGAUAUGCAUUUUUAUACAGGCACAUACAGAUUCGACUUGCUUUGGGAGCAGGAUGUGUUGGUUGUUGUGUAAAUGACUCUGGCUGUGUGUUCUUUGAUUUUGUAACUUGUAAUCUUUUGUUUACAAUGAGGGGCUUUCUGUAACUUGUUUUAAUUUAGAACACUUUGGUAGCAAUAGAAACUUUGGAUACAUUUUUGUAUGGUACAUGUGAUGUAUAUAGAAUUAGUACUUUAUUUUUAUUUUUAAGAGGUAAAGCAUUAUGUUAGGGGAAAAGGUAGGGUGGGUUUCCAAAAAUGCGGUUUUUAUAUUAAAAAAUAAAGUCAAGAUUUGGACGGUGUGGCCAUUUCAUUCCUCCAUCGCUAGGAUGCCGGGGCGGGCAUCGCUAGGAUGCCCGGAGGCCAGGUGAGGGUCAGGGUCCCAGCAGCCUGUCCCCGGCCACCUCAUUGAGGCACGUGACAUGCCUUCAUCUUAAAAUUGUCAUGGAUGGCAUUAUUUAUUAUUUUAUCUAAUCAUAUUUUUAUUUUAAACUGGUAGUUUAAAAUUUUUAAAUGUCUUCCCCCCGCCCCGCCCCCCUUCAGUCUCCAUUGUUUGUAACAUCUCCAUAGAAACUUGAAAAAAUAAAAUGUCUUCCUUUGA